CUAAUGCUAGCUUGUUUACCUGCACUCCGGCAAACUCGACAAGGCAGCUCACCCAACAGAUGUCAAUUAACUGUUUAAUUCUCUUUGAAAAUGCGUUAUUUACGAUUUAGGUUGACACCGGCUCUGAAAAAUGACUGCGAAAGAUGGAGAGACGCUGAGCUCUCGAUUUGACAGCUUGUAAGCUAGCUUAGCAGAAGUGCUACCUGGGGUAGACAUAAGUAUCUCGUUAGCUGUUUUGUAUAGCCUGCUAGAUUCUAGCCUAGCCAUAUCACCAAAGCGGGCUUACAGUAUUUAACGACUUAAAAAUAUAACUUAAUGCAUACAUUUGCUCUGGAAGUACCUGUUUAACUUUGGAAUUACGUUAUCUGUGCCCUCUACUAAUUGCUCAGCGUUUCGUUGUAGACCGUUUCAUGCCAAUAAUUUCUUGUAACGAAGUGUGGGAGGUGGCUAGCUAACUUAACUGUUAGCUUGAAUAGCUACGUUUUAGGAAAUAGUCGGACCCUGCCUUCUCAAGUUAGUUAGAUGCUAGCGGUAGCCAAAUCAGCUAACUCAAAUAUGCAAUAUGGUGGUUGUACUGGAGGUAAUUUCCUGUCUUGAAAAAUAUCCUAUCACCAAAGAAGCACUUGAGGAAACUCGACUAGGAAAAUUGAUCAAUGAUGUGAGGAAGAAGACCAAGGAUGAAGACCUUGCGAAGCGUGCUAAGAAACUGUUGAGGAACUGGCAAAAGCUGAUUGAACCUGGGCCACCUGUGGCUGCAAGUGCCCCUGGGUCUACCAAUGGCAGUUCUCAUCCCUGCAGAACCGAGGCCUCUCCUCCAGACAUUUCUGUGUCAGGGAAGGGUGUCCCUGAGGUCAAAAUCAGAAACGAUGUUCACAACACAUACUCACCAAAAGCUGAGAGAUCAAGCAGCCGGAAACGCCGAGCAGACCACAGAGACAGUGGAUUGCACUUACCAGAAAAAAUCUCCAAGAUGUCAUCAUAUGAUAACUCUGUUUCACCACCACCCACCAAUGGGAUUGCAUGCAGUCCUGAUGCUCUGCCUGAGCAGCAAGUUAUCCCAUCUCCUGACAGAUCUCGGACAGAGCACCUUGAUAAUGAUAAAAUCAACAGAAUUCCGGUAAAUGCCGUCAAGCCUCGCCCCAGUUCCCCUGGAGUAGCCAAACUACCUAGCACUUCUUCUAUGAUCAAGGUUGCUGUGAUGCAGCAACAAGCCAGGUUGGAUGAAGGAGGGGCAUAUUACCAAGCCAAAAGUCCUCGCGGUCUUACUACCAGUCCAAGGAGCGUGAAGCAAGACACAGUGACCAAGCGCUCUUCAGCAUAUGCACCGAAAGGAACACCUAUCCCAAGCCCUUCCUCUAGGGACUCUCCCUUGUCUUUGCCCCAGUCUGUAUCCUCCCCAGCCCAUGCAUCUUACGCUGACAAGCUGCCACAUUCUGCUCUUAGGUCUUCAAUGCACUGGGCCAGUUCGUCAGAAGUCCCCUCUCAUUGCCCACCGCAAGAUAUAUCUGCAACACUGGAAUCCCCGUCAGUCUCCCCUUCACCCUCUCACCUCCAACACAACACAGACCUACAGAGACCAACAUUUGAGGGAGCCAUGUCUCUGUCUGAUGACAUAGAUGGGACGAUGGUCCUCAAUUCAGAGCCUAAAAAGAGGAAGUACAGAUCAAGAGACUACUCUGUCAACUUAGAUGGCCAGAAAAUAGAGGACACGUCUAAGCCUGUACGGUUAAAAGAACGCAGAUUAACAUUUGACCCUGUCACCGGUCAGAUCAAACCUCUGGUACACAAAGAAUCUUCUCAAACAGAGGAAGCUCCCACUCCUGACCCUGCUGAGUUUAGGCAGAGAACUGAAAGUACUGUACAACAGCCAGUUGCCACCCCAGGCCCAGGUCCUAGCCCAAACCCUUUCCAUCAAACAAACUGGAAAGAGCUGUCCAGAAAUGAAAUCAUCCAGUCUUACUUGAACCUUCAGAGCAAUGUGCUCACCUCCUCUGGGGUCCAGGCCCCCAGUGCACACUUUUUCAUGUCUGAGUAUCUGAAAAGGGAAGAACAGGAGGUCAAGGACUCAAGGGAGAUUCACGUACUGCAAAAAGACAGCUCAGUAGGGGAUUUACCAGGCGUGAGCCGUGAGGUGACGGAUGAGGACCUGGGCAGGAUACACACACAGCACUGGCCGGGGGUGAACGGUUGUUAUGACACCAAGGACACCUGGUAUGAUUGGACAGAGUGCAUAUCAUUGGACCCUCAUGGAGAUGAAAACAAAUUGAACAUCCUGCCAUAUGUUUGCUUAGACUGAGGGGAUUGGGGAGGUUGCUGUUCUUUCCCGCUCCUCUUUUUUUUCUUUUUUGUUUUGUCUCACCACAGAGACAAGAUAUUUUGUGAUUUUGUUUGUCCACUGUGAGUUUGGCAACAGCCAGGCCUGCUAAACACCCUUCCCAUGCCACCUCCUCUUUCUGUGAUUAUAAUCUAUUGAGAUUUUGUUAUAAAAAGAGUAAAGAUUUAAAGAAUAGUUGAGUUUGUAAUAUCAAGGGCUGUUUCUGUUUUUAUUUUUCAAACUGAAAGCCACAGGAAUGAUGAGGCCCUAGCUGCAGAGCGCUGCUGCUAACAUUGAAGGCAAGAAAGAGACGACAGAAUUAUCCCAGAUAAUUGGAAAUGGUGUUGUGAUGAGAAUUUCUGAUGUUCUGAAUCGUACCUCUGUUUCAGGCUCACUGGGAUUACACUGUUUUGUUUUUUACCUUCUAGUUACUAAAGAGGUGUUAAAAUCUAUGGUUAAAUUUGGGAAGGCUGGGGUUUAGCUGUUCUGUCCUGACUGCCAUGUUGGUGCCCAGAAAGGUGUUGAUAGAGUUCAUCUAGCACAGGUAGAGCUGAACAUGUCCAGAAUAUGAAAUACUGGAGCAUAUUUGGCAAGAAGCUUUAUGUGAGAUAUAAAGAGUAAAUUAUAAAUUUCUUAUCAUGUAUACAUCUAUUUAUUUUGACCAGUUCAUUUAUGGGACGUCUACCCAUACAGAUGUUCAGAAACCUAUAGAUCUUUUUUUUUUUUUUUUUUUCCUUUUUGCAACACAAUAUUGUCAGCCUAAUCUUCAAUGUUAAUGGGACAUACAGAAAUUUCUGCACAGCCUUUCUUUAAGAUUGGCUGGUGCACUUGGUCAUAAGCAUUCCAUACCUCACCUUUAAUCCACUUUCACUCUCUCUGUUUCAUCACUCAGCUCUUAUAUGCCCACAAGAAGAAAUUUAUUCUGAAAAAAUAAAUCACCUGGUUUCAUCUACGUAGUGUGGAGCUACUGGAAAAUUCAUUCAGCUCAAAUGAAAAACUCUCACCUCACACUAAAUCUUUCCCAAACCUGAAAUGUUUAAGAUUGUCAAAUCAGUUGGUGCUGAUGAGUAAUUGUGACAAAAACAAGGAAAUGUUUGAAUGCCUGGAUUCACUUUGUUUCCAUUCCUUUACGUAUUGUUUGCCUUCUGGAAUUCCUUCACAGUGUUUUUCAGUUAAACAGCCUAAGUGAAUGUACAGGGUUGAGACCGCUGAUGCAGUUGACAACUUGUUGGUUCUUUCAUCAUUGACUUAAUUCAAGAUCAAGACCGACUGAUGCACUUACAGUUUAUGUACCAAUUGUAUCCUCAGAGUUUCAGACACAUUGAAAGUUUUAGCAGCAGCAGCUUUUGUGAAUUUAGAAAGCUCCAGUGAUGCUCAUUGAGGUAGAAGAUCUUUGGCUUCCAUAUUUAAACACAGCACCUGUAAAGGGACGGUGAGAGAGAGAGAGAGAGAAAGCUGUGUGCAUCAGAUCUUCUUGACAUUUUCCAUUUGACAUCUAAUACUUAAUUUUAAUUUCCCUUUAUACUCAUCAGUCACCACUGCUUUUUCUCACAUGACUCAAAUUAAGAUUGGCUUCUGUGCAGCCUCUCUGUCCAUACAUUCUUUCAGUCAUUCAUCCCUACCAAUGUGCCUUGGUAAAUGGUAAAUCUGGAUUUGCUUCCGCAUAAAGCACGCCUGUGUGUGGUGCCGGGUUUAUGUGCGAGAAUUCCAAAUCCCUUGAUCAAUAUGACGCUGUUUUAUGCACCAUUUCUGUUACUUUUUGUACACACUGAUCUAGUGAGGGUGAAGCUGCAGACAAUGAGAAACUGCACAACACAGCUGGCAAUAAAGGAAAAGUGCUACAACUGGUUGUUUUCUGGAGUUCUGACUGGGGCAUCUUUAUUUGUUCAGUGUUUAACAUCUCUCAAUUGUUUGAAAAAAUAAAAUGUUCUAAAUCUUCA